AUGGACCAACGUCACAAAUGGAUGGUGACGGCGAAGUUCGAGAAGCGAGCGCUUCUCAUUGCUGUCAACGCCCUUGCCGGAAUGUCAAUCUUCUUCUUUGGUUAUGAUCAAGGAAUGAUGGGCGGUGUAAACAACGCCAAACACUACAUCGACCUAAUGAAAUUUGGAUAUGUCGACGCCGAUGGCACUCCGGUCGUGACCGACACUCUGCUUCAAGGCGGCAUCAUGUCUGUCUUCUAUCUCGGCACCCUGAUCGGCUGUAUGGUUGGAGGAUCCAUCGGCGACCGAUUUGGCAGAAUCAAGACCAUUGCCAUUGGUGCUCUUUGUGGUAUCUUCGGCGCGUCUUUGCAGUGUACCGCUAUGAACUCGAACUGGAUGAUCUGCGCUCGUCUUCUCAAUGGAAUUGGUACGGGCAUCUUGAACGGCAUCGUGCCUGUCUGGGCAUCGGAGCUCGCAGAUUACACCUCUCGAGGUGCCUUCAUCGCCAUGGAGUUUACCCUGAACAUCUUUGGUGUUGUCGUUGCCUAUUGGCUUGGAUAUGCUGUCAGCUUCAUCGAUAAUGGCGAGUCUGCUUUCCGAUGGCGCUUCCCCAUUGCCUUCCAGAUUAUUCCGCUACUUUUCUUGCUAUUCGGAUGCUUCCUAUUCCCCGAGUCACCUCGCUGGCUUUGCAAGGUCGGACGAGACGAUGAAUCCCUCUACAUUCUGCAACGGCUCCGAGGCACCCAUGACGGUAUCGCCGAGGCGGAACUUGCGGACAUCAAGGAUGUGGUCAGACUUGAACAAUCGGCCGAGGGAACCAAGUACCACCACAUGCUCUUUGGUCUCAAGUGUGGAAAACUCCACACAGGCCGAAGAGUGCAACUUGUUAUUUGGCUGCAAAUCAUCCAAUGCUGGACAGGUAUCGCUGGUAUCACCAUGUACGGCCCAACCAUCUUCCACAUCGCCGGUUUCGGUCCAUCUAAAGCUCUCUGGAUCUCUGGUCUGAACAACAUCUUCUACAUGUUCGCCACGCUCAUCUGCGUCUUCACCAUUGACAGGAUUGGAAGACGUUGGACAUUGUAUUGGGGCUCGGUUGCUCAAGGCAUUGCCAUGUUCCUUGUCGGUGGCCUGUCCCGCGGCGGUCUGAAUGCCAGAGCUGUUGGAAAUGACGACGUUGCCAACUCCUGGGGAGCCGCAGCCGCUACAAUGGUUUUCCUUUAG